AUGAUGCAGACACUGCGUUUAAAAAAAAAUAAAGUCAAGCACGUAAUUAGCGGUAUCKGGAAAAUAGUACAACAUGCGUCGUCGGCAGUAUGGCUAAAAAUAAAAUCUCGUGUAAGUGAUUACUCGGUGUAUUUGCCGAUGAUAGUGGUACCAAAGUUUACGGGUCAAUUACCUCCACGAAAUAUAAAAACCAUAUACAAUGUUCCCGAUAAUAUUAAAUUGGCCGAUACACAUUUUAAUACGCCCCAAAAAAUUGACAUAUUAUUGGGUGCAACACAUUUUUAUGAAUUCUUAUGCGAUGGACAAACACAUCCUUCGACUAACGGACCGUUGUUCCAAGAAACAGUAUUUGGAUGGGUAGCUGCUGGACCAAUAUCGGAAAAUAAGUUAUCAAAAAUAUCGACGUCGAACUCAUUUUUUAGCAUGACCGAAAGUGAGCCUACACUAGAGAACGUAUUACAGCAAUUUUGGUUGAUAGAAGACGUAAGCGACACACCACCUUAUACAAUCGAGGAACAAUGGAUGAUAAUGAGCAAUCCGAAAACGCAGAUCAAAUAUGCUAUUUGCCGCAUCAUGCCGUAA